CCCUCGCACCCACCCAUCCUGAGGACUCUUCUUCCCCGGUGAAUUCGAGGAGGAGGAGGAGAAGCACCGAACGAACCCUUCUUUUUAUUUAUAGGGUUUCCAUCGUUCUACAAAGAGAAUAGCCAUACGAAACAAGGGCCGUGAUGGGUGCUAUAAGGGCCGCCGCGGCGGACGGGUUGAUCACGUUCCUAUGGGUCUUCUGCGUCUCUACCGUGCGCGCCGCCACCUCCCUCGUGACGGCCGCCCUCCAGAUCCAGGGCGUCGCCUUCUCGCUCUUUGUCACCACCACCCUCAUCUUCGCCCUCGUCUUCGUCUUCGGCCUCAUCACCGCCGCCAUCGGCGGCGCCAGCUUUAAUCCCACUGCCACGGCCGCGUUCUAUGCUGCCGGAUUGGGGUCCGACAACCUCCUCUCCAUGGCGCUCCGCUUCCCCGCCCAGGCGGCUGGGGCGGUGGCUGGGGCUUUGGCGAUCAUGGAAGUCAUGCCUCCCCAGCACAAGCGCAUGUUGGGCGGGCCUUCGUUGAAGGUGGAUCUUCACACGGGGGCCUUGGCGGAAGGUGUGCUGACCUUCAUCAUCACCUUGGCCGUGCUCUGGAUCAUCAUCAGGGGCCCUCGCAGCCCGGUCGUGAAGACGUGGAUGGUCGCCGUCUCCACGGUUGCGAUGGUUGUAGCGGGCGCUGGUUACACUGGACCGGCCAUGAAUCCAGCUAAUGCAUUUGGCUGGGCAUAUAUCAACAAUCGCCAUAAUACGUGGGAGCAAUUUUACGUCUACUGGAUAUGCCCAUUCAUCGGCGCUAUUGUUGCUGGCUGGUUCUUCAGGAUUAUCUUCCCGCAGCGUGCAGAGAAGGCUAAAAAAGCUUGAGGGUACCAAAUUAAGUGUGAAAUUUUUAUUUCUGGGAUGCUCGCAGUGAAAUAACCUAAUUAGAUAGACUGGUAAAACUGUAGUAUUCAUCCAUCUCUACAGUUAGAUGGCACGUAUAUAGGCUACUAAAACUAUGGAUAACCAUUUAUGUUCUGUCAAUGACUUUUGUGUUUUCUCCAUCAAAACCUUACAAGUAGUUGUGUA